AUGCAAUUACCCAAAUGUGGUCAUCGGUAUUGUCAAACAUGUUUAGAUAUUGAACAAGAAACGAUAAUUAAAUGCCAGCAAUGCCAAGCAGAAUCGUUAAGGAAUGACGAACAUCUUGACCAAUUUCAUUCAAAUGGCAAAUGUGAAUAUUGCGGCGAACAGUUCAAUUCAAUUAACAAACUGAAUGAACAUAAAGUCUUCAAAUGUCGACAUCUCAUUGUUGACUGUAUAUUGAAAGGUUUUGGUUGUAAUGAACGAAUUAUCCGUGUUGAAAUGCAAGAUCAUUAUUUAACUCAACAACAUCAACAUGCUUUACUCAAUGCUGUUCAUCAAAUGUUAUCACAAUUGAACGACAGACAAACGGAUAUUGAGCAUUCUCGAACAACAACUGCGGGACCUUGUAAUUCUGCUACAGCUCAAUCAGAAGAGCUUUAUGAAAUGCUUAGUAUUUUAGUAGGUGGUAUAGAAACAUUGGCCAAUGAUGAACAACGCCUAGCCACUGAAGCACUAAAAAUGCAAACGGCUAUUCCAACACUGACAGAAGAAUUAUCGAAAGUUAAAUUAUCUGUUGAAGAGUCAAAUGCUUUUUUGGAAGGAGUCAAACAUAAUCAAGCCAUUCUUAACCAAGAUUUAUUAUCAUUGCAAGAAAAAAUCAAUGAUUUGCAAUAUAUAUCGUACGAUGGAACACUCGUUUGGAAAAUAGGAAACUUCCACGAGAAAAUGAUUGAUGCACAGUCCGAAAGACAAACAUCAAUUUAUUCAUCCCCAUUUUAUUCGUCUCCAAAUGGUCCAACUAAUCGAAUGCCUCUCUAUACAUCAACAGAUGAACAAGAUCCAUUGGAAUUAUAUAUUAUCACUAUUCAUAUAUGGAAUACAUUUAUAUAA